CAUUCUAUCGACGCUCGUCGCGACAAGCUGCGACCGCAAACACCGCCUGACGAGACCGAGUCGUGCCUAAUUGACCGCCCGCCAGCUGAGAGCCCUGCUCGCGUCAAGCAUCGAAUAGGACUUCGCGCCCUUCUCCAUCCCACAUAUACUACACCGAGGCGAAGGAGACUCGCCGAGGAAGCAGCAUCAAUCAAGAUGGGGCGAAGGAAAAUCGAAAUCAAGGCCAUCAAAGAUGACCGCAAUCGUUCUGUCACAUUCUUGAAGCGCAAGGGAGGGCUCUUCAAAAAGGCGCACGAACUUUCAGUUCUCUGCUCUGUUGAUGUCGCUGUCUUCAUUUUUGGCAACAAUAAAAAAUUGUACGAGUACUCAUCCCGCGACAUGAGAGAGUUGAUCACGCGAUACCAAUAUCACGGCGCACCUAAUGAGCACAAGGGUCCUUCGGACUUUGCUGGAAAGAACGAUGUGGACGAGGAAGAAGAAGAGGAGGCAUCUCCGCCUCAGCGAGAGACCACGGAGCCUCAUAUGGUGCCGCCGCAGUUCCCUGGCCAAGCACCAUUCGCUCAGAUGCGGCAACCUGAUCCGUCCGUCUCGCCUCCGAUCAACAGCAUGCCUUUCCAACAGCAUCCUGGGCACCCGGCAGCCGCUCAGCGCGGUCACACCCCACAGCCGCCGCACGUGGGCUCACGGCCAGGUUCCAGACAAGACAUUCGACGCAUCAGCCAGCAUCAAGUUGGUCCUCCCCAGCCCCAGCAAGCCCAACAACAGCCAAACGGCUAUGCGUAUAUGCCCAGUCCCCCCAUCUACAACACCCAGAACCAACAGCAGAACCCACCCCACGCCAUGCCACACCAUGGACCUCCCUAUGCAUAUCCUCCAAACAACCAUCCGCAGCACGGACAACCACAGCAGCAACAGUAUGUCGACGACCAGCGACGGUCCUCACAUCCCCCCCAUUACCCGCACAACCAUCAGGCACCCCAUGUAUCGCGGAUUUCGGCGUCUCCCCCCCAACCCCACCCGCAGCAACUUCCUCCACACCAUCAGCAGCCGCCACAACAGCAACACCAGCAGCAGCAACAUCAGCAGCAGCAGCAACAUCAGCAGCAACAGCAACAUCAGCAGCAACAUCAGCAACACCCACCACCGCCGCCUCCUCCACCCCAGCAGCCUCAGCAUCAGGCCCCUCACUUCUCGCCUCCCCCACCUCAGCCGCAGCGCUUGGAAUCGCAGCAGCAGGCCCACGAAAACUCCAUGCCUGCACCCAUGGAAAUCAAGCGCGAGAACUCGGAACAGCCGCCACAACUAUCGCUGCUGAAGACGGACAGCAUCAUCAAGAGGCCCACCCGCAAGCACCACAGUAUCUUUACUCCCAUUGACGAGAACCGAUCCAUCCUGUCUCAGCACCUCGCAUCUUUUGCCGCUGCCGAGUCGAGAGCUGAAGCUGCGAAGAAGAAGACCGAGGCCGCCAUCAAGGCUGAUGCUGCUGCCGCUGCCAAGGCGGACGCCCGGUCGCAGUCAGUCGAUGUCGGCGCUGUUUCCAGGGCCAACGGUACUGCUACUGCCUCGCCGCCUCGGCCCAAGCGAACAGGCGGGCUGGGCCGGAAUGUUUCCGUGUCGUCUAUUCCAGACAAGUUCCCACCCCCAUCUCGCUCUAGCACGGGCGGCGGCGCAUCUCGCCCUAGUCUGCGAUUGGAGAUUCCCGACGAGCCGUCUGACGGGGGAGGUACGGCCACGGCUGCUUCGGAGGCGCAGUCUCCCCGCAACCAAGCCGACCCUGGGGCGACGCCGGCAGCGCGGCGGCCAGAUGGGCAAGCGGCCAGUAUGGUAUUGCCGCCUCCUUCCCCUUCCGCUUCUGCUCUCCUUUCCGCCGGGGCCACAGGCCCACCGAAUCCUUUCGCACGACCGCCUCUCCAGCCCAACAACAAUAUGAACAUAGACACUCCAGUGUCGGCUCUUCCCUCGCGAUUCCUCAACAGCGAGUUCCUACCCAGCCCGAGUAGUUUCGAUCCUUUCUGGUACUCUCGUGGGGGUGGCGACAGCAACACGAUGCCGAGCCCGUUGAAUUUCUCGACCCCCUUAGUCGGCCAAGGCCCAAGCUUUCUAAGGGAGGAGGUCUCGACAGGCGCCAAACGCAAGAGCCCCGAUAUCAGCGGCAGUGGCCCUUCAGAUGGGCCAGAAGCCGGUGGGGAUGCUAAGAGAACCAAGAUUGAGUCUUGAGUUUGGCGUGUCUUUCAUCUCAUGCUCUUCGUCCUUAUUUUCAUGUCCGUCUGCAUCAUGCUGACAGCGUGCUUGUGGCUUCGAUCUUGCCAAUUUUCUUUUUCCCCUCUCCUUCUCGGAAUAUUCUUUUCUCUCCUUUCUCGGAAUAUACCCCUCACCAUGAUACCUCUGCACCACUUUCAUUCACGGUUUCGUUGCGGC